AAUCGGGACGCAGCAGCGCGCAGCGGGGGCGGCCCAUAUAAACCACCCCUGCAGCGCGGCUCCCCUUCGUUGUCGCGGCAGCUGCUUUCGGGGGUCGCAGAGGAGCCCACCCGCCGCGUUGCCAGUUUCCAGCCGGGAGGAGGAGGAUGUUGCGCGUGCGGUGCUUGCGCGGAGGGAGCCGGGGGGCCGAGGCCGUGCACUACAUCGGGUCCAGGCUUGGAAGAGCCGUCACAGGAUGGGUGCAGCGAACUUUCCAGAGCACCCACGCAGCUGCAGCCUCCCAGACCACCUGUGGUGCUGCUGAGGACAGCAAAGCCCCCGACCCCGUUCCUGAGGAUUGCCCUGUCUGCUCGCACAACGAAUGGGACCUGCUUGAGGAGGUCAUUGUGGGGAGAGCCGAAAAUGCCUGCGUCCCUCCUUUUUCCGUAGAGGUCAAGGCCAAUACCUAUGAGAAGUACUGGGGAUUUUAUCAGAAGCAUGGCGGCCAAAGCUUCCCGCAGGAUCAUGUCCAAAAAGCAAUUGCUGAAAUAGAAGAGAUGUGCAAUAUUUUGAAGAUGGAAGGAGUGGUCGUGAAAAGGCCAGAACCACUUGACUGGUCGGUCAAAUACAAAACACCCGACUUUGAAUCCACCGGCAUGUAUGCAGCUAUGCCAAGGGACAUUUUACUGGUAAUUGGAAACGAAAUCAUUGAAGCUCCAAUGGCUUGGCGUGCCCGUUUCUUCGAAUACAGAGCAUACCGGCCCAUCAUCAAAGACUACUUUCGCCGUGGGGCAAAAUGGACAACUGCACCGAAGCCCACAAUGGCUGAUGAGCUUUACGACCAGGAUUAUCCCAUUCGCACUGUGGAAGACAGGCACAGACUGGCUGCCCAGGGCAAAUUUGUCACGACUGAGUUUGAGCCGUGCUUUGAUGCCGCUGACUUCAUAAGAGCCGGAAGAGACAUCUUUGUGCAAAGAAGCCAGAUCGAACUCUUCAAGAAGGCGGGGUGGUCCGUCGUUCGCCCUCCAUCGCCCCUCAUUCCUGAUGACCACCCGUUGUGGAUGUCCUCCAAAUGGCUCUCCAUGAACGUCCUGAUGUUGGAUGAAAAGCGUGUGAUGGUGGACACCAAUGAGAUCCCGAUCCAGAAGAUGUUUGAAAGCCUAGGGAUUUCGACAGUCAAGGUCAACAUCCGCUACGCCAAUUCGCUGGGAGGCGGCUUCCACUGCUGGACCUGCGAUGUCCGUCGCCGCGGCGCCCUGAAGUCGUAUUUUGAUUAGGCACGGGUUGAGUAAGCCCUCCUGGGGUUCAGCUUGCAUGAAACAGGCAUGGGACGAAGGGAUCGGUUUCAUCUUUUUUGCUUUAAAGCACAGAACGUGAAUGCAUGAGCUGUAGAACUUGGAACAAUGGCGGCCUCAAUAGAGGUCCUGCAGACCGUUGGCUCAAUGGGCCGGUUUGCACAUUACGUGGAGGACAACCACAGAGUAUAUGCCUCCCGAGACAAUAGUCUGAUAAGCGUGCUUGCAUUUCUUGCAGCCCUGCUUAAUGCUUUCCAGUGUACGGAUACAGCCUACUAUUCAGAAGGCCACGCUGUGUAGUGCACACGGCAGAAUUCAUUCCCCUUAAGUGUUCCUUUUAAGAAUAAGAAGAGUUGGCUUUAUAUCGCACUUUGCUCUACCUUUAAGGAGUCCCAAAGGAGUUUGCAAUUGCCUUCCCUUUCCUCCCCCCCCCCCAACAACAGACACCUUGUGACGUA